AUUUUACUCUGUUGUUGUUAUAUCAGUAGAAGUUGGGUGUUGUAUAUAAUCUUCCCGCAGACUUCUUAUUUAUAUAUUUCUCCUUUCUGUUGAUAAAAAAACAACUAAAUCAUGGAUGAUGAAGAAGAAGAAGAAAUCACUGAAUCCGAUCCUAGGAUAAUGUUUAUAUACCAAUAUUUGAGUAAGACUUUAAGAUUUAAAGUAGACAAGUGGAUGAAAAUGAUGUCAUUUGAAGAUUAUAAGGCUCUAAUAAAUAGAUUUGUAAAUGACGAGACAAUGGAGAAAUUAAUCAUUACAAUGACAGGUGGUGGAGUUCUUACACCACUUGCAGAAUUUCCUUCAACUACUAAAAAUAAAUCUGUUUAUUAUAUACGGAUGGAAGCUGUUGCUCUCACUGCAGAAAAUAUGAGAGACGUUUUAUUGAUUGGAGACAUGUCACCUAAACCUUUAGAAGAGUUCCAAGUAUAUUUAGAGAAUAUUUGGAUUCCGAUACUGCAAAGUGGCAAGGCAGUUGAAAGUUGGGGACAAAGUAUAAUAGAGGAGGUCAAAAAGAAAGCAAUAGAUAUGCGGGAUGAAGUGUUUCGAAUCAGGGGCAUUAUAGAUGGUUUAACUCUUCUUCCUAUGCCAGAGGGAAUCGAAAGGAUUUUAGAUAAGGAUGGAAAUGUUAUAUCAGAUUAUGAUUUUCAUGGAGACUUCAAGCUGAGGAAUAAUAUAGAAUUAGUUGUUCAUAAGUGGGGUGAACAAGUGAAUAAAGUUUAUCAAGAUACAGCCAGGUUAUUUUUUGACAAAGAGAAAGAACCGAUUCCAACACUUGAUUUGGCAUUUUGGAGUGGUCGCCUAAAAAAUUUUGAGAAUUUAUAUUCACAAUUAAAGGAGCCUAAAGUAAGGAAGAUGGCUUCGAUUCUUGAAGAGGAGAAUAGUCCUUAUUAUGACAUUUUUAAGUCAGUUUUCCGAAGUGUUGUUUUGGCUUUAGAAGAAGCAAGGUCAAUUGAUCGUUACCUAUCUACUCUAAAAAAGCAUUUCGACGCUUUAGAUGCAACAAGCCUUUUUGAAGCUCAAGAACUUUUUAUUCCGUUGAUUUAUAACAUUUGUUUGAUUUGGAUUAAUUGUCCUCAUUUCAAUCAAACUGAUCAAAUGAUAACUUUGAUGAAAGAAAUUUGUAACUACAUUAUCUUGCAGUCCGAAAAGUGCCUUGAUCCAUCGGGUAUGUUUGCUGGUGAGGUUGAAGAAACGUUACCGAAAUUGAAGCAAGUUAUUGAUAACAUGAAAUAUUUCAAGAAAAUUUUUAUCCAGUAUCAAGAAGAUAUUCCUGGUAUGUACUUGGAAGGAGAGGAACCCAAACCAUGGUCCUUUCACCAUGAUGUAAUAUUUCAAGAUAGAUAUGAUGAUUAUAUUUGCAGGCUAGAAUAUAUUGAGAAUAUCUUUGUAACUUGUGUUGAUUACCUGAGAUUGGAAAAAGUAGAAAUUGGAGGAUGGAGUGGCGGUAUGUUGAGUGGAAGAUUGGCUACACUUUUUGAAGAAUUUAAUAACUUGUACGGCUCUUGGCUCAACGUUCAAUACAGUCCUACUGAUCUUGGAAAUGAUGGAUUUUUGAUAGAUUAUGAGAAUUGGAAGAAAAGAAUAUAUGAUUUUGAUGCACGACUUGCUUCUAUAAUAACUAGUGCUUUUGAUGAAUGUACUAACUUUGAACAAAUUUUUAAGUUCAUUCAUUUGUUUGGACCGUUGCUUGAACGUGAACUUGUGGUCAAGGAACUUGACUCUAAGUAUGAAAGGAUCGUUAAUAUGUAUGAUGCUGAAUUGGAUGAUAUAAAGAAAAUAUAUGAUGACCAGAUGAACAAACUAGCAUUGAAGGGGCACAUGGAGGUUCCUAACUACUGGCCUCCGAUAGCUGGUGGUCUCUGUUGGUUGAGGGAUCUUAGGAAGCGAUUAGAAUAUCCUUUGGAAUGGUUGACAACGAUCACACACAGGUGUACUAAGACUGAAAAGUGCAAGUAUUCCUUCGAAAAAGCAUCACAGAUGGGUCGUAUUCUUGAUGAAUUGCAGUAUGAUUUAUACGACAAAUGGUGUUCAAAGAUUGGUGAUGUUAUUGAAGAAAAACUUGAACAGUGUUUACUGAAAUUUGAUCAAGAUUGCCUUCUUGUUCUUAAUUUUGAUCCAAAAUUAAGAUCGGUGCUGCGAGAAGUUCGCUACUUAAGAAUGUUGGAAGUGCCAUCAAUCCCACCCAAGGCUGAACAAGUCUUUGAACGAAUGGAAGAGUUCUAUGAAUGGAGGGUCAAAUUAAUGAACAUUGUUGAAUGGUAUAAUAAAAUGAUGAAAGAAUCAAGACCACAAGAAAUAAACAUUUUGUCUGAUGAGAUCAACGCUAUAAAUAAUGAAGUAGAAACAGCGAUGGAUACUGUUAAUUGGAAAACUGAUGAAUCAGCAGGUUUCAUCGACUCAUUUCAUUUGACUGUCGAGGGUCUAACUCAGAGGGCCAAACAAGCAAGGGAGAAUCUGGACCGUAUAGAAUGGCUGAUGAAUCAAUUCAACUUCCUUCCUAUAUACCGUAGAAUUGAUGAGGAUGAUACCAAUUUGCUUGAUUAUAUUACCCUAUGUUCUGUAGAUGCCAGAUAUCAAUGCAUAAUAGCUGCUGGCUAUGAAAUAUUUGAUUUGCUCAACCUAAACUUCCGCCUUCUUCAUAACUUGCCCAUUGAAACUUUUGAAAAUGAAAUUUAUGAAGAAGAAAUUGAGGAAGAGGGAGUUGAAGAAGAAGAAGUUGAAGCAGCCCAGGAGCCAUCAACACACCCCCCUGAAGAAGAAAUAGAACCAAGAAAAAGCAAAAUUGACCAGAAACUAUUAGCAAGUAUUUUUCAAGAGGCGCCUGAAGAUUUAAUGGAAGAAGGAGAAGAGGGAGAGUUAGAAGAGGAAGAACUGGGGCUUUUACCAUCAAUGGUAGAUGAGUUUGAAUUUUUAGAUGAAGAAGAAAAAGAGCGUAGGAGAAAAAAAUUAGAAGAGGAGGAAGAAAGAAGAAAAAAAGAACAGGAAGAAGAAGCUGAAAAGAAAAAGAAAGAAGAAGAGGCAAUAGAAAGAAGGAGAUUAAGAGCCGAAAAAGAGGAAAAAAGGAAAAAAUACUUAGAAGACCUGUUGAGGCCUGCUACUCCCAGCACUGAAGAAUCAAUGCAAUUUGAACGGCCUGCACUUCGAGCAAGACAUUUAUCUGAACUAUGGAAAGUGACUCGAUUUCCAAUUAGACCGCCAGGUGAAAUAGAAUAUCCAGAAGAACUUGAAGAAGAAUUUUCAAAUCUAGAAGAGCAAACUGUUGAAAUAGGAAAACCAGUCUUUGUCAAAGAGAAAGCACCACCACAAGCAGUAGCAGUGAAGCCAAAGGGGCCAAAAGAAAAGAAGAAAAAAGGAGGUAAAGGGAAGAAAGGGAAAAAAAAGAAAGAUGGAAUACAGUCAUUAAAAACCGAUGGGUUCCAAAGUCUUCAAUACCAAGUAGUUGUCGAGGGGCCACCGACAGAAGAUCCUGAAAUGCUGGAGGAAGAAGAUUUAUUUGAUGAAGAUAUGGAAGAAGAAUAUUGGAGACCUCCAACAGCUUCGAUGCUUCUUUUUGAGGAGUUUAAAAAUAAUCCAGAAAAACUUGAAAAAUGGGAUGAUUAUUUGGAUUUAGUCGACCAGAUCGUUCAAGAAGGACUACUGCAUGCUGUUGGAGGAGGUGUAGCAUAUCUCUCAGAUGAGAUGGAUGAGAGGAAGAAAAGGCCACCAUUAUUUCUAUUGAGGAUGACCAUUGAAAAUGAUAUGAUACAAUUCAUCCCAUCAAUGGUUGGAGAUGAAAGUGAUCCUGAUAGCUUAGUUGGCAUUAUGUGGUUAAUUUUGGAAGAUAUUAACUGUCAAGCUCUCCUGGUCCCCAGAAUAUCGUAUGCAGCAAGAGACAGAACUUACCUUGAUGACAUAAUCUUAAAUGAGGACAUAGUUGAAUUAGAAAAGGAUAUCAAGGAUAAAGUUGCACAAUCAGUUGUAAAGGCUGGACAAUUUGUGGACUUUUAUCGCAAAUAUGCAUAUCUUUGGUUAGAUGACAGAAAGGAACAACUAAAGCAGUUUCUAAAAUAUGGCCGAAUUCUGCAAUUAGAAGAGUUAGAGCUUCAGGGAAAAGUUGACGAUGAAGAUAAACCAUACCUUCAAGAAAAAGCCCCAACUCUGGCUGAAUUCAAGGCUAAGAUUGACAUUUAUGAAGAACUAGAGAAAGAAUUAGAGACAAUUCCAGACUAUGACUUCAUAGAUACAUGGCUUAAAUGUGAUCUCACCAGUUUUAAAGAACGUGUUUUAACUGAAAAUAAAGAAUGGGACACUUUAUUUAAAGAUCACUUAUAUAAUUUAGUUGUUGACAGAUUGGUCGAAUUGGAUGAGUUCAUUAAUAGAGCGAGUGAGGGAAUGAGUAUACCACUUGUCAAAGGUGACUACGAAGGUCUCGUAACUGUCAUGGGAUAUUUAUUCAACAUCAGAGAUAGGACUGCAAAGACAGAUGAAAUGUUUGAGGAAAUAUCGAACAUUAUGAAUCUCCUUAAACCUUACGGUUUGGAUUUCUCAGAAAACACUUAUACCUUGCUUAAGGAGUUGCCUGCUCGCUGGGCAGAUUUGAAAAUACAAGCAACCUUAGUUAAAACUCAAGCUGGACCUCUUAUGCAAGAGGAAUCUAACACCAUCCGAAAGAGGCUUUCUUUCUUUGAUAUCCGGCAAAAUUUAUUCAUGGAGAAAUUUAAAAAUAAGGAUUUUUUCAGAUGGGACUGCAAAGAACCCUAUGAAGAAAUAAAUAAAUGUGAUCAAGAAAUAUGUGAUUUAGAAAAGAUGCAGAAGAAUUUGUGCGAUCAAGCUGCUUUGUUUGAGGUUCCUGUUGCUGAAAUAACAAUUGUUGCACAUCUCAGAAAGCAAUUGUACUUAGUCAAAGUAAAUUGGGAUUAUAUAAUCAUGGUACUAUCCAUGAUAAAUACUUGGGAAAAUACUAAAUGGAAGACAAUAGACUCUGAGAGCAUGGAUUUGGAGCUGAAAAAAUUUGCCAAAGAAAUAAGAACCUUGGAUAGGGACAUGAGAAACUGGGAUAUUUACCUUGAGCUGGAAUCUGCAAUAAAGAAUUUACUGACAGCAUUGAGAGCCAUUACAGAACUUCAGAACCCAGCAAUCAAGGAACGACAUUGGCAUGAGCUAAUGGUGGCAACCGAGGUUAAGUUUGUUAUUGAUGAUGAAACUACUCUGAAAGACCUUCUUGAAUUAAACCUAUAUAAGUACGAAGAAGAAGUUAAAACUAUCGUCGACAAGUCUGUUAAAGAGCAAGCUAUGGAAAAGACGCUAAGAGAAUUAGAAGAAACUUGGUCUAAUGUUGAGUUUGAAUGGGAACCUCAUGAACGUACCGGCAUUCCUGUCUUGAGGGUUACUGAUACCUUGAUUGAACAGCUUGAAAGUGAUCAGGUAAACCUUCAAAACAUGCUCAGUUCCAAGUUCGUUGAACAUUUCUUUGAGGAAGUUUCAUCAUGGCAGAAAAAACUUUCAAUGGCAGACCAAGUUAUUAAUACUUGGAAUGAAGUGCAGAGAACUUGGAGCUAUCUGGAGGCUAUUUUUAUAGGAUCUGAUGAUAUAAGGCGCCAGUUACCAGAAGAUACUAAGAGAUUUGAUAAUACUGAUCGAACUUUUAAGGGUAUGUUACACGAUUUAGCUCAGUAUCCUAAAGUAAUUGAGGGAGCCAAUCGACCAAAUUUACUGGAGAAUUUAAAUGCUAUUCAAAUGGAUUUGACAAAAUGUGAGAAAGCUAUGUCUCAAUAUUUGGAAACUAAGCGCAUGGCUUAUCCACGAUUCUAUUUCCUUUCUGUUGCUGUUCUACUUGAUAUUUUAGCAAAUAGCAAUUUUCCCGAACGAGUAUGCAAGAAUUUAUCAAAACUAUACGAUUCAAUUGACAAACUUCAUUUUAAAGCAGAGGGUGGUCAAAAAACAAAAUUAGCUAUUGCAAUGGAGGAGAAGAAUGGAGAAAGAGUCAAUUUUUCUAAGAAUUGCGAUUGUAAUGGACAGGUGGAAAGAUGGCUGAAUAAUGUAACUGAUAGCAUGCGCAUGACUGGUCGUGACAUCAUGAGUGUGGCAAUAAAAACAUAUGAUGAAAAACCGAGGGAGGAAUGGAUGUUUGAUUAUCCUGCCCAAUAUGCACUCCUUGGGACACAGAUUUGGUGGGUCACAGAAGUCACUAUAGCGUUUGCCCAGCUAGGAGAAGGGUAUGAAAAUGCUAUGAAAGAUUACCAAAAAAAACAGAUCAAUCAGUUGAAUGUACUUAUAAACCUGUUGUUGGGAGAAUUGUCAGAACAUGACAGAGAAGAGAUCAUGACAAUCUGCACCCAAGAUGUGCACUCAAGAGAUAUUGUUACAAAGUUGAUAGUCAUGAAGGUUGAAAGCGGUCUUGCCUUCCAAUGGCAAUCACAGCUGAGGCACAGGUGGGAUCUUAAGGUUAAUGACUGUCUGAUUAAUAUUUGUGAUGCAAUGUUCCGCUAUGAUUAUGAAUACCUUGGGAAUGAAAGGCGGUUGGUUAUUACUCCUCUGACUGACAGAUGUUAUAUUACUCUAACACAGUCCCUUCAUUUAGUAAUGGGAGGAGCUCCAGCUGGUCCUGCUGGAACUGGUAAAACAGAAACUACCAAAGAUUUAGGAAGAGCACUUGGCAUGAGAGUUUACGUUUUCAAUUGCUCGGAACAAAUGGAUUAUCAGUCAUUAGGCAACAAUUAUAAGGGGCUCUCGCAAACAGGAGCAUGGGGCUGCUUUGAUGAGUUCAACAGAAUAUCCGUCGAGGUGCUCUCUGUCGUAGCUGUUCAGGUCAAAACAGUUCUUGACGCAAUCAAAUCAAAGAAAACAACAUUCAACUUUAUGGGAGAUAUAAUCAAACUCGUUCCGACUGUUGGUAUGUUCAUCACGAUGAAUCCAGGUUAUGCUGGAAGAGCUGAACUACCUGAAAACUUGAAAGCUCUCUUCAGGCCUUGCGCUAUGGUUGUUCCUGAUUUUGAAUUAAUCAGUGAAAUUAAUUUGAUUGCACAAGGUUUUCAAGAGGCUAGGCCGUUAGCUAAGAAAUUUUUAACCUUAUACAGUUUGUGCAAAGAAUUGUUAUCAAAACAGGAUCAUUAUGAUUGGGGCUUAAGAGCAAUUAAAUCUGUUCUUGUUGUAGCUGGUUCGCUGAAGAGAGCUGAUCCGUUUAGACCUGAGGACCAGGUUCUCAUGAGAGCUUUGAGAGAUUUCAAUAUUCCGAAGAUCGUUACCGAUGACAGGAGUAUUUUUAUGGGCCUCAUUGGAGAUUUGUUUCCAUCUCUUGAUGUUCCAAGAAAGAGAGAUUUGGAGUUUGAAAAAGAGUGCAAACAAGGUGCAAUAGAUAUGAAACUUCAGCCUGAAGAUAACUUUGUUUUGAAGAUGGUUCAAUUACAAGAACUGUUUGAUGUAAGGCACUCAGUUUUUAUAAUAGGUGACUCUGGAACUGGUAAAUCAAUGGUGUGGAAAACUCUCCAUCGAACUUAUGCCAAUAUGAAAAUGAAGCCUCACUAUAAUGACCUGGAACCUAAAGCCGUUACUAAUGAUGAACUUUUUGGAGUCAUUAAUCCGCAAACCAGGGAAUGGAAAGAUGGCCUUUUUUCUGUACUGAUUCGAGAUCAGGCCAAUAUGGCAGGCAACGGCCCAAAGUGGAUGGUUAUGGAUGGUGAUAUUGAUCCAAUGUGGAUCGAAUCCCUCAAUACUGUCAUGGAUGAUAAUAAGGUACUCACCUUGGCAAGUAAUGAACGUAUAGCUCUUACAAAAUAUAUGAGAUUGUUGUUUGAAAUCUCCAACCUGAAGACGGCUACUCCAGCUACUGUUUCCAGAGCUGGUAUUCUGUUUAUCAAUCCUAUAGAAGUAGGAUGGACUCCAUGUGCAGCCAGUUGGGUAGAUACUCGCUCAGAUGAAUCUGAAAGAACUAUGCUACAAUAUCUAAUAGAUAAAUAUAUCCCGUCAACUUAUGAUGCAACUAAAACAAGAUUCAAGAAGAUAACUCCAAUCCCUUCUAUAGCCCAUAUUCACAUGUUAUGUUCACUUCUGGAAUGUUUACUUAUUCCAGCCAAUGUUUCUUCAGACAGUCCUCGAGAAUGGUACGAAACAUACUUUGUAUUUGCUACUGUUUGGGCAUUUGGUUCAGCGAUGUUCCAGGAUCAAUUACUUGAUUGGAGAAAUGAGUUUACUAAAUGGUGGGUGAAUGAAUUCAAAACGAUCAAGUUUCCUCCCGAUGUUUAUAAAGGAACAGCUCAAGUUUUUAGUUACUUUGUAGACCAGGAAACAAAAAAAUUCCGUCCAUGGUCAGAUCUUGUUCAAAAGUUUGAAUUAGAUUAUGACAUACCUCUUCAGUCUACACUGGUCAAUACUUCUGAAACAACCCGAAUCCGUUAUUUUUUGGAUAUGCUGAUUGAGAAGAGGAAAGCUAUUAUGUUAAUUGCGCCGGCAGGAGCUGGAAAAUCUGUGGUGAUAUAUGAGAAAUUAAAUUCAUUAACUGAAGAUUAUGCUGUCACCAAUAUUCCUUUCAAUUUCUAUACUACAUCUGAAAUACUGCAGAAAAUUUUAGAAAAGCCACUAGAAAAGAAAGCUGGCAGGAAUUAUGGACCACAGGGUAACAAAGUAAUGAUAUACUUUAUUGAUGAUCUUAACAUGCCAGAGGUGGAUCUUUAUGGAACUGUCCAGCCGCAUACCCUAAUUCGUCAGUUCAUGGAUUACCAUCAUUGGUAUGACAGACAGAAGCUUUCAUUGAAAGAUAUUCACAAUGUGAUGUUCAUGAGCUGUAUGAACCCGACAGCAGGCAGUUUUACAAUAAAUAGUCGACUCCAAAGGCACUUUAUGACAUUUGCGCUUAGUUUCCCCGAAGAAGCAGCAUUGACUCAUAUAUAUACUUCAAUAUUAACUCAGCAUAUCGGAAGUACUCUGAACAAGUUUUCUCUGACAGUCCUCAAAGCUGUCGACAUGAUAGUGAAGCUCGCACUUCUCUUUCAUACGAAGAUUGCAGCCACAUUCCUUCCAACUGCUAUUAAAUUUCAUUACAUCUUCAAUUUAAGAGAUCUGAGUAAUGUUUUUCAAUCUGUAAUCCUGACCAAUGCAGAAUGUAUAAGCAAUCCUGGGGCUUUUGUAAGGCUUUGGAUGCAUGAGACAUUAAGAGUUUACCACGACAAAUUGGUGGACCAUCAUGAUCAAGAUACAUUUUGCAAAGUGUUAUUGGAGAUAGUUAAAAAAAAUGUUCAAGAUGUUGGAGAACACGAAUACAUUGUCGAGCCCUUGAUAUUCACACAUUUUGUUGACGGCCUCGGUGAUCCCAAGUACUUGCAGAUGCCUUCCUGGUCAAAGCUCAAUAAGACACUGGUUGAUGCGAUGGGUCAAUAUAAUGAAUUAGUGGCCACUAUGAACUUGGUUCUGUUCGAAGAUGCCAUGGCACAUGUUUGCAGGAUUAAUCGUGUCAUGGAAAUGCCAAGAGGUAAUGCAUUACUUGUGGGAAUCGGAGGCAGUGGAAAACAAUCUUUGUCAAGGUUAUCAGCUUUUAUAUCUGGCCUUGAAGCGUUCCAGGUACAGUUGAAGAAGGGCUAUACGAUUGCGGAUUUAAAGGGUGAUAUAGCUGGAUUAUAUUUAAAAUCUGGAUUAAAAAAUAUGGGGAUUAUGUUUUUGAUGACUGACAGUCAAGUAGCUGAAGAACGUUUUCUGGUUCAAAUUAAUGACAUGUUGGCUUCUGGUGAAAUACCUGAAUUAUUUGCUGAUGAUGAAAUUGAAAACAUUAUUCAAGCCAUAGCACCUGAGACCAAAGGAGCUGGUUUGGUCGAUACUAGGGAAAAUUGCUGGAAAUUUUUUAUUGAUAGAGUAAGGAGAAAUUUAAAAGUAAUACUGUGUUUCUCACCCGUCGGUUCAACAUUGCGGGUGAGGGCUAGAAAGUUUCCAGCUUUGGUCAACUGUACGACUAUUGAUUGGUUCAUGGAAUGGCCAAAAGAGGCACUUGAAAGUGUUUCUUCACGUUUCUUAGCAGAGGUGGAAGUAUUGUCGAAAAAGCUAGUUAAACCACUGUCAUACUUGAUGGCAUUUAUGCAUACAACUGUCAAUGAUAAGUCGCAACAGUAUCUGCUCAAUGAACGACGAUACAAUUAUACAACCCCUAAAUCCUUCCUUGAGCUAAUAAACCUUUACUCGAAGCUUCUUACUGGGAAAAAUAGAGAAAUUAAUGAUAAAAUUGGCAGGCUUCAGAACGGUUUGCAGAAAUUAGUCAGCUGUUCUGAGCAGGUAGCCGUACUAAAGAAACAGCUAGCUGUUCAGGAUAAGGUUGUGCAGCAAAAAAAUGCUGCAGCCACUCUCUUGAUUGAUGAAGUUGCUGUAGAAAAAGACAAAGUUCAGAAAGAACAAGCUAUUGCAACUGAGGAAGCUAGAAGAGUUCGUAUAAUUGAAGAAGAUGUAACAAUAAAGCAGAAAGUUUGCGAAGAAGACUUGGCCAAAGCAGAGCCAGCACUGGCUGCUGCUAAGGAAGCCCUGAAUACCCUUAACAAGACUAACUUGACUGAAAUGAAAUCCUUUGGUACACCUCCUGAAGCAGUAGCUAGAGUUGCUUCUGCUGUCAUGGUACUUCUGGCUAAAAAGGGAAAAAUUCCGAAGGACAGGAGCUGGAAGGCUGCGAAGGCUAUAAUGGGAUCAGCGGAUUCUUUCCUAAACACUUUGAUAAACUACAAUAAGGAAAAUAUCCAUCCUGAAAUAGUGAAGGCUAUCCAGCCUUACAUCAUUGACCCCCAGUUUACUCCGGAAAAUGUUAUCACUAAGUCCAGUGCUGCUGCUGGCCUUUGUUCGUGGGUUAUAAACAUAAUGAAGUUUCAUUCCGUAUGGUGUGUGGUAUUGCCGAAGAGGAAGGCUCUUGCUGCUGCUAAUGCUGAGCUUGCCAGUGCUCGUCAGAGGUUGCAAGCAGUUAAAGAAAGGAUUGUAAUGCUGGAAGAGCAAUUUGGCAAACUGAUGAAAAAGUAUAAUACUGCUAUGAGUGAAAAGAGGAAAUGUGAAAUGGAAGUGCAAAAAACUGCUGAAGGUAUUGAUUUAGCCAAUAGGCUGGUGAAUGGUUUGGCUUCAGAAAACACCAGAUGGCGCCAUUCCGUUUCGAGCCUUAGAGUUCAGCUGGGAACCCUCCCUGGAGACAUUAUUCUUGUGACAGCUUUUAUAUCAUAUGUCGGCAGCUUCACUCGUUCAUACAGAGAGGACAUGGUUAACAAUUUUUGGAUUCCACAGUUGCCAAAGUAUAGCCCUGCAAUUCCAAUGACGAAAGACUUGGACCCAAUGCGUAUGCUGACAGAUGAUGCACAAAUAGCUGAAUGGAACAAUCAAGGUCUACCUAACGACAGAAUGUCUUCUGAAAAUGCAACAAUCCUCAUUAACUCAGAAAGAUGGCCUCUAAUGAUUGAUCCUCAGUUACAAGGUAUAAAGUGGAUCAAGGCGAGAUACAAGGAAGCAUUGAGGGUGAUAAGACUGGGCCAAGACAGGUACCUGGAUAAGGUAGAGAGAGCUGUUUGGGAAGGAGCCACUUUGUUAAUUGAAUACAUUUCGGAAAACAUCGACCCGGUCCUCGAUAACCUCCUUGGAAGAGCGCUCAUCAGAAAGGGCAGAGUUGUGAAAAUCGGAGAUAGAGAAAUCGAUUUCCACCCAUCCUUCAGAUUGAUACUACAUACUAAGCUUGCUAACCCUCACUACCGGCCGGAAAUCCAGGCUCAGACAACUCUUAUCAACUUCACCGUUACCCAGGAUGGUUUAGAAGACCAGCUGUUAGCUGAAGUUGUAAAUGCUGAGAGGCCAGAUUUAGAAUCACAAAAGAGUGAACUGACGAUGCAACAAAAUAUGUUUAAGAUAACAUUAAAGCAACUUGAAGAUGAUCUUUUGCAACGAUUGUCUUCUGCAGGCCCUGAUAUUUUGGAAGAUAGGGCGCUGGUUCUUAAUUUGGAAUCUACGAAGAAAACUGCUGAAGAAAUUCAAGAAAAGGUUGAAGAAGCGAAGAUUACUUCAAAGAACAUCGACAAUGCUAGAGAGAUUUACAGGCCUGUUGCUACCCGUGCGUCUAUCAUUUACUUCAUUAUGAAUGAUCUUAAUAAGAUAAAUCCACUCUACCAAUUUUCAUUGAAGGCUUUCAGUAUUGUUUUCAAUAGAGCCAUAAAGCAAUCAGUGCCAUCACCAGUUAUUCAAACUCGAGUUGAAAACCUGAUUGACAGUAUUUCAUUUUCGACGUUCAUGUACACUUCCAGGGGGCUAUUUGAAUGUGACAAAUUGACUUUCAUGGCUCAAUUAACUAUACAAAUCAUGCUCAGAUCAAAUGAAAUUACCAGAUCAGAAUUGGACUUUUUGCUUAGAUUUCCUUAUAUUCCCAAUGAAAAGUCACCAGUUGACUUCCUAACUGAUGUGCUGUGGGGAGGUAUAUUAGCGCUCAGUAAAAUGGAAGUGUUCGAGAAUCUGGAUAGGGAUAUAGAUACAGCAAAAAAAAGGUGGAAAAAAUUCUGUGAAGGUGAAAAUCCUGAAAGGGAUAAAUUGCCUCAAGAUUGGAAGAACAAAACUGUAUUUCAGCGCUUGUGUAUAAUGAGAUCAUUAAGACCAGACCGGAUGACCUAUGCCACCAGAUGUUUUAUUGAAGAAGUAUUGGGUCCCAAGUUUACACAUGCUAGAACAGUCGAGUUUGAGAAAUCUUUUGAAGAGAUGACUCCAACGAUGCCUUGCUUCUUUAUACUGUCUCCUGGUGUAGAUCCUACAAGAGAUGUUGAAAGAGUUGGAAAACGAUUGGGAUUCACUACAGAUAGAAAAAAUUUCCACAAUGUAUCACUUGGGCAGGGCCAAGAAUCAGUAGCUGAAAGCGCUAUGGAGAACGGAUCUAGAUAUGGCCAUUGGGUUAUUCUUCAGAAUAUCCAUUUGGUUACGAGAUGGUUGCCAACCCUAGACAAGAAAAUGGAAGCUGCUCAGAUGAACCCGCACAGGAACUUUAAAUUGUUUCUGAGUAGUGAGCCAGCUGCAGAUCCAUCCCUCCAUCGAAUCCCUCAGGGUGUAUUGGAAUCUUCAAUUAAAAUUACCAACGAACCUCCAACUGGUAUGAUGGCUAAUCUGCACAAGGCAUUGGAUAAUUUCAACCAGUCAACAUUGGAGAUGUGUUCUAAAGAAGCUGAAUUCAAGGCGAUUCUUUUCUCGCUUUGCUACUUUCAUGCUGUUGUUGCCGAGAGAAGAAAGUUUGGCCCACAAGGUUGGAAUAGAUCGUAUCCAUUUAACGUCGGUGACCUGACAAUUAGUGUCCAAGUUUUGUAUAAUUACCUUGAAAACAAUGCCAAGAUACCUUGGGAAGAUCUGAGGUAUCUGUUUGGGGAAAUCAUGUACGGUGGUCAUAUCACUGACGACUGGGAUCGGAGGUUGUGUAGGACAUAUCUAGAGGAAUACAUGUGCCCGGAAUUGGUUGAGGCAGAGCUUUAUUACGCGCCACAGUUCCCAGCGCCUCCUAACUCAGACUAUGCAGGUUAUCACAUGUACAUCGAUGCAAUGUUACCUCAAGAAAGCCCUGUACUCUAUGGUCUUCAUCCAAAUGCUGAAAUUGGUUUUUUGACAACGCAGUCUGAAAACUUGUUCCAAAUGAUUUUGGAACUGCAACCAAGAGAAACAGGGGCUGCUGCAUCUGGUGGACAGACACGUGAGGAAAAGGUGAGCACUUUAUUGUCCGAUAUACUCGAUAGAGUGCCAGAACCAUUCAAUAUUACAGAUAUGAUGGCCAGAGUUGAAGAUCGGAGCCCAUACACCAUUGUCGCUUUCCAAGAGUGCGAGCGAAUGAAUAUUCUUAUGAAAGAAAUAAAAAGGUCAUUAGAUGAAUUGCGUCUUGGGCUUAAGGGAGAAUUGACAUUCAGUGGUGAGAUGGAAACAUUAGAAUUUAACUUGUUCAUGGACAAAGUCCCGACUCCAUGGGCUAAUAGAGCGUAUCCUUCACUGCUUGGGCUGAGUGCAUGGUUCUCUGAUUUGACGAAUCGUCUUAAAGAUCUUGAAAUCUGGGUUGGAGAUUUUCAGCUUCCUACAACGGUUUGGCUCGGCGGGUUCUUUAAUCCUCAAUCAUUUUUGACUGCAAUCAUGCAGAGCACCGCCAGGAAGAACGAAUGGCCUUUAGACAAAAUGUGUUUGCAGUGCGAUGUGACCAGGAAAAUCAAAGAAGAAAUGACUGCUGCUCCACGUGAAGGAGCUUACAUCAGUAACUUGUACUGCGAAGGAGCUCGUUGGGACAUCACGUUGGGCGUGCUCACCGAUGCCAUCAUCAAGGACCUGUUUCCUUCCAUGCCAGUGAUCCAUGUCAAAGCGGUCACUCAAGACAAACAGGAUACAAAGAACAUAUACGAAUGUCCGGUGUACAAGACAAGGCAGAGAGGGCCUACGUUUGUAUGGACCUUCAACCUGAAAACUAAGGCCAAACCGGCCAAAUGGACCGUGGCGGGUGUGGCGCUACUGCUAAGCACAUAAACCUGAUCCAUCUAUUAAUUGAUCUCUUCAUUACCCUAUAAUAGUUGUAAAUAAGAAGAUGAAAGGUUACUUAUUUUUAAAUUAAAAAGAACUUAACUGAAUAUUUGUUUUUAUUUUUAUUGAUUUAUUUUAUUUUAUUUACGAGUAUGUAGGAAUUUUUCAUUACCAACAAAUAGUUUUUAUUUAGUAUUUUAUACUUGUUUAUGUAUUUUUUUUAAUUGAUUAUUUUUACUUGGCUUUGGGUAGGAAGUCUCCUUUAAAUUUGAAAUUAUUUCAGCAACGCGUAUGCUAUAGCUUCAGCAGUCAGCCUGUUAAAUGAAUUAGUAGCUAUCUAAGUAGCUUUCUUGUUGUAGAAACUAAUGGAAUUUGACAAUUUUACUAUUACUUUAUUGUUAUCAGUCUCAACAAAUUAUUUUGGAAAAUUAGGUAAUUUUUGUUUAGAAUUUCAUAAAUAAAGUUAAUGAAU